AUGAGCCGUCUUCCUCCUGUUGAUAAGCUCCCUCUUGCGAUCCGAAAGGAUGUCCGCGACAGCUGGGAAGCCAAUAAGGAUGGACUAGCAAAGAAGAUCUCUGAGCUUCUUGGCGCAGAAUGGACCAUCGACAUUAACCCCAACCAAAUCUACGCCUACGCAAAGGACGGCUAUGCCAAGGAGUCCCCCGGCGCCAUGAUCAACGCCUACGUUGAAGGUGUAGAGUGGCAACUCAAGAGCUUUGUCUCCAAGUACGGCGACGACGGCAAGAAUGAACUCAACACCCUCGCCCACGCCCACGUCCUCACCAUGGACCUCGACGUAAACAAGAAAUUCAGCUACUGCGGCUGCGAAGUCUCUGAGUCAGGCGCCCUUGUCAUUCUCUUUAACGAAGACGCUCUGGGCAGUAACAUCGACUACGCCACGUCAGAGGAACACCUCACCAAGGCCCUCAACGCGGCAUCCGCUCCCUCACUCUCCAUGAGCUACGUCGCCCGCAAGUCUAUCCGCGAGGAGUACACCAAGCAGAUUGACCCUAUCCAGGCCAAGAUCAACGAGCAGCUCGGCAAGGAAAUCACCCUGAAGCCCGAAUUCGAAGCCGCCUAUGAGAAGCUCAAGGCUGCGAAGGAUGCGGACGAGAGCUGGGAAGUCAACCUGGGCAUGUACAUCAAGGGAUACUUUGAGGCGCUCGCCAGCUGGUUGGAGUAUAACAAGGCCAAGGAGGAUGAGAUGAUCAGGGAGGGUGUCAACGAGGCUGUCGCCAGUGGAAAUGUGUUUUUCAGGGUUGUGGACGAGGGCGUUAUUAAGAGCGGGUAUAAUGAGGUGGUUGUUGAGGGGGAUGCUUUGUAUUUGCAGACCGCGCCUAAGAACUUUGGUGUCAAUCUUGGGCAGGUUACUGAUAAGUUGAUGGAUUUGCUUUGA